CCCAAACUGUUUUUUGUUUGGCAAUCAUAUCGGGCUCUAAACCGUUCAUCGGCUCAAACCCUUACGUAUCAAGCAAGAAAUGAAGACAGCUGCGAAGCUAAUAUUCAUCUCCGACGACAUCGACGGCGGUUUCGCCACCGCCAUUGUCACCGGUCUUCAACCAAACCCUAACUCUCCCUUCAAAACAUCAGUAGAGUCGUUCGAUCUGCCACUGGAUCGGUACGGAAUCACGGAUACCAGAGCAUCCGGAAAUGUUACUCACUUUGUCGAUGCCAGUGGAGUUAAACAAGUAUCCAUCCUGGUUUUGCAAAAGUAUGAACCUCCAGUAUUAUCAUGUGCCGUCAAUGAAGUAUUGUCAUCAUUAGCAGAAGAAGACACAUCAACCAUGCCUUCCUUAAUUCUUCCAUUCCUUGUAGACUCUUCAAAGCUUAAGCUGGAAAGAAAAAAAUCACCCGAUGAAAAUAUUUAUGGCAUCCAAAUCGGUCCCCAAAGUGAUAUGAUACAAGCCUUGGCCAGCAGACAUGUAAAGGCACCCUCGUCAAUGCAGAUUCAUCAUGAACCUCUGUCUUGUGUUCUUCAGUUGGUCCGUGUCCUGAAGACAGCUUCGUUUAUUCUCAUUGGACAAAGUGGUCAACAUCGUGUGGAUGACUUUGAGAUAAUCUGUGAGAUAGGAGAAUCAUUAGCUAGUGCUACAUCUAUGCAAUUUGUGAAAGAGAAGGUAACAUGGAACCCAACCAAGGUGUCAAAAGAACAGGAGAAAGAGCCAUGGCGCGCUCUAUAUGGUUAAUAAGGUAUCUUUACAGAUACUGAUAAGAUGUUCCAGUGCUGUCCACAUAUGCAUCAUUAUUUUAUGUGUACUAUUGUGAUCAUAGUUGAUAAAUCAGAAACAUUGUGCUUGCUUUGACUUUGGUGAUCGCUAUCAACCAUACAUAGUGUGCUGUGCACACAGGUUUAGUUCUUGGGGCCA